CCUUGCGUUAGUUCCUGGUCCACGUAUGAGACAGAUCCAAACGCAAAUAUUUAGCUAACAAAGAUUUACCAGAUAAUGUGUAAAUGUGACACUAUAGUCUAUCUGUUGAUGAUUCAUCCCGGUCUAUAAACUGUCUGGGAUAUUUUUAGUUUUUGACGUCGCUGUUAUACGGAUGCAGAAUGUCUUGGUUGGCUGACCUGGCAGGGAAAGCUGAAGACUUCCUGAAUAAAGUGGAUGCAGGAGCUGCCAGCCUGACCAAACCCCAAGGCCGCACCUCCUCCUUCUCCUCAGCCUAUGAUGCUCCUGACUCCACCGAAACCUCUCAGUACAGUAGCACUGGCUACAGCACCAACACAUCAGACACACAGCAACACCCCUAUGGGAACGCCACCUCCCACAAUGCACCAGGAUCUGGUUUCAUUACUGCAGCUGCUGGCAACAUAAAAAAAUCCAAAGGAUCCCUGUUGACUAGCUCAGCCACAGUCUCCCCUACCAGCACCCUUCCCCUGGGGUCUUCCAGCACUGCCUCCUCCUCCAGCUCCAUCAAACCCUCCUCCAGCUUUGUGAGGCCCAGUAAGAAGAGUCAGAGUGAGCAAGAUGUGGAUGAUGACCUGUUGUUUGACUUCCUUAACAGCUCAGAGCCUCUGGCGGCCAACGAGAGGAGGGAGGUCAGACCAAGAGAUCCUCUCAGAGUGUCUCCUGAAGGAUCAGGCUCCCCCCAGCCAGCACCUCCUGCUUUGGCUGCUGCCCCCCUCAUGGUCCCCUCAGCCCCCUCCACACCCCCCUCUCUACGGGGCAUGUCUCGGUCCUCCAGCUACAGCUCUCUAUCCACCAGUACUCACAGUGCCAAAACAGGGGGUUCAGAGGAUGGCUCUGCCAAAGAAAGUCAAGACACACCUGAUGGUUCUGACUCUGGGUUGGCGGUUCCCCAGUCUAUCACCUACCUAUCAGAGUCUCCGGCCACAUACGAGGCCCCUCCCCCAGCCCUGGCCCCGCCCCCUAUAGAGGAGCAGCAGAGUCAGAUGAUGUCCAGUCUGCGUUUGGAGAACCAGCUACUGAGGUCAGAGGUCACCUCCCUUAACCAGGAACUGGCAUCCAUCAUCCAGAGAGCCAAAGACACUCAGGAGGAAUUGAACCAGACACGGUUACGCACAGAGAAGUGGAAUUCGGACCAGUCUCGCACAGACCGCACGGUCAGGGAGCUGCGGUCGCAGGUUGAUGACCUCACAGAGGCCCUCGGCGCUAAGGACGGGCAGUUGGCCGUGCUGAAGGUCAGGCUAGAUGAGGCAGAUCAGUUACUGAAGUCACGGAGCUCUGCUUUGGAGGAGGCUCAGACUGAGAGGUCCCGGAUCCUCCAGGACCACACAGAAGGAAGCAGUAUGCAGUCCCAGGCCAUGACGACCAUGCAGGAGAGACUGAGGGAGGCAGACAUGGCUCUACGCAGGGAACAGGACGGCUAUAGACAGAUGCAGAGUGAGUUUGCGGUGCGGCUAUCCAAGGUUGAGACUGAGAGGCAGACACUGGCGGAGGCUGUGACGGGCGCAGAGAGACGGGCGUCGGAGGAUAAGCACCGGGUCGAGGACCUCCAACAGCAGAUGAGGAGUGCCCGGAACGCAGCCGAGACGGCCAAGCAGGAGUUACACGACUAUAAACACAAGGCCUCCCGCAUACUACAGUCCAAAGAGAAGCUGAUCAGCAGCCUGAAGGAGGGGUCAGGCCUGGAUGGUCUGGAAGGAGGAGGAACGGGAGCUUUGGAGCUGGAGGAGCUCAGACAUGAGAAGGAGCUGCAGAGAGAUGAGAUCCAGAAACUACAGGGACAGAUGCAGACGCUCCGAGCUGAGAUACAGGACUUGGAGGUGGCGGCCCUGACUGAGGCAGAGACGUGGCGAGAGCAGCAGCUGGAGAUGCAGGAGCAACAGGCUCGACAGACCAGAGCCAAGCAGGAAGUGGAGGCCGAGGUGGAGCGCUACAAACAGGAGCUACAGUAUGUAGAGGAGGAAAACCACCGUGCCAAGACCACACUACAGAGUCGCAUCAAGGAUCGGGAGGAUGAGAUACAGAAACUCAGAAACCAGCUGACCAAUAAGGCUCUGAGCAGCAGUAGCCAGGUGGAGCUAGAGAGCAGGUUACACCAGCUGACGGAGACUCUGAUCCAGAAACAGACCAUGCUGGAGUCCCUGGGAACAGAGAAGAGCUCACUGGUCUUCCAGCUAGAGAGGCUUGAGGCCCAGCUGAAGAGCGUCCAGGGAGAAGGGCAGACCGGGGGGCCGGCCAUUAACAUGAGCAGCAUGGAGAGCCCAGGGACACGACAGAGGAACGCACCAAUCCUAUUCAACGACCACGACAGUCCAGGAGUGUAUGGCCAGGUACGCAAGGCAGCCAGCACCAUCGACCGGUUCAGCAUCCGAUUAGGAAUCUUCCUGAGACGCUACCCCAUGGCUCGGGUUUUUGUAAUACUUUAUAUGGCACUACUGCACCUAUGGGUCAUGGUCGUUCUGUUGACCUAUUCCCCAGAGAUGCAUGAGAUCCACGACCAUCCUGCAGGGAGAUAGAACACAAGGCCUGAACGAUGUCAUGAUAGAGCUUUAUUAUAUAUAUGUUGUUGUGAUCUGGGGUAAGGUGAAGAGAUUAGUUCCCUUUGUCAUCGAAGACUAGCCUGGUGCCAGAUCUGUUUGUGCUGUUUAGACCUGCCUACCAUGCACGCAACUUUAGGUCAAAAGUACGCUGGUAUGGGGGGACCCUUUAACACAAAUGGGCUUUUAGUCGGCGAAUUGUGGCUUUUGACUCAACCGUGUGAAGUUGGAGCUGAGCCAAUCAGAGGACAUGGGCGAGGAGGGAAAAUCGCGAUCUCUCAGCUACAGGCCGUAACCCUAAAGUCACAGCACUGUGACGACCCUGGGUUUAUAAGCGCGGAUAUCGACUCUGCCGUUCGAGCAUGCUUUUGCGGCACAGUCGAUAGCGCGCCGGACCUCGGGCCUAGAAGGUCGAGGGUUCGAGACCUGCUCCCUGCUGUUUCAUUACAGUACUAUUUCCCUCUCUCAGGCUGGAUGGCAGCUCUCCGCCACGUCCGUUGAUACCACUGAUGUGUGAGGAAAAGGGGUAGGGAAAAAUGGAGAACGAAUUGUUUUGCCCAAUACAUUUUUCCAAAAUAGUGUGUUUAGUCAAGCACAUAACCACUAUUCUUUUGUAGUUCGCUCCUUGGUUAAGGCGUCAUUACGACGAAAGUAGUUAGCUACAGCAUUUAUUAAACGAACCGUGAACAUUCUCUUGACCGCGCAUGCUUUGAUCUCCGCAACAGCGCGUUGACGAGCAAGGGGAAAUGUGCGCGUCGCUGCGUGGAUGGAAAACGGUCGUGGCAGGGGAGAGCUCCUCCGACGGUACCGUCCUUCACAGAAAGUUCUGUUAGACGUUUUAACGAUUAGUAGGCCAAUGUUAAUCAAUCAGUUUCUUGAUCUGUCCUCUUGAUGUAGCUAGAUGUCAACAGUAGGCUGGCUAAUGCUGUGGUAAAUCAAUUCACCAAUGACAACGAGGCAUGUUGAAUGAAUGUUAGGCUAGUAUUCAGGCCUGAUGGAUUAGAUCAAGGAUAGAGAUCUGAAACCAGCUCCGAUAGCCCUAGUUGUUUCAUAGUCUAUAUAGCCCACAGUAAGCUAGACUAAUACAUUGCAUCCAGUAAUUUAAUUAUUCAGAAUUCUCCCCGAACAAAAUGAAGAAGCCAGUCUACACUUUCAAUAGACUCUAUUCCACAUAAAGACAUCUAUUCAUUAGAAUUACCCCUAAAUUGAACCUAGAAAAAUGUGAAAGUGUCAUUGAGACCAGCUUAAUUUGAUUUAGGAUCAAACACAAGACUACAUUUGAUAUAAUUUAAGACUAGGUUUCAGGAAAUGGCAGUUUAAAGUUUUUUUUAUUUUUUAAUUGCAAAAUGGCGUCUGUGGUGCCGCGCUGAAGACAUACUUCAAGGUUGGCAGGUCUGUGUUUUGCCAGCUCCGUUCUCCGUUGGCAUGACAAUGACCAUAGGAGUUGGCUAGAAAGCACACCUAGAUCUGAGACCAAAGGCUAGUUGGAGUAGGGAUGGAGCAAGCUGCCGAUUUAAUGACUCAAUAAGCACAGAACUGACAUGCUAGCUACUCUAUGGGACACUGACUGACUUAGGAUCACUUUUCCCUGUUAUCCACCUCCUAAGGGUUGACAAAAUUCUUGUAACGUUCCCCAAAAUUCAGGUUUUCCAGACAUUCUCUUUAGAGGUUUCCUGGAAUCAGAAUAACCAAGGAGGGAAUCCACUAACUGGAAUCCUCCAACUACGAUUUCUGGGAAACCUGGGAAUUUGGAGAAAGUUACUAGUAUUGUGCAACUCCCCCUGUCCCCCCCUGUCCUCUCCACUGUCACAUCCCCUGUCCCGUCCCAUGUCCCUCCCCCUGUCCCCCCCGUCCUACCUAAAGAUCCACAGGUCAGUCACAGUAGAAUGGGGUUUUAUAGCUGUUAUGCAGUCAGAUGCUGAUGGGUGGUGCAGUGAUGACGGCAUAUUCAUUACAGUUAUAUUAAUUUAUCCUUAUCCCCUUCUCCUGUAUGAUGUUACCCUCCCCAUCUUAAAUCUGUUAAGUUUAUUUUCCCCAUAGAAACUUAUGUUUCCAUUCACAGUUUUUAUGUGAGUAAAGUCAUACCUAUAUAAAAAAAAAAAAGAUAAUGAAAGCUGGGAUGGAAACCGAAAAGUUUCGGUACAAUUGUAUAAAUGCCGACAGAUAAUUUGUUUGUUCAAUAUGGUGGGUCCUUUUUUGUGUCGGUAAAAUGUAUUGUGUGUGAGAAAUGGCAGUGGAAACGUCCUUUUUAUGCGAAAAAUGUUGAUAUAAUAACUAUCAUAUCGACGUAAACUUUGGAGUCACGCAAUGAUAUGGUGUGUGUGAUCCUUCCACUACGACUCGGAAAACCAUGCAGUUUAUUAGGCUACAGAUGAAAUGGGUUGAACUUCACAGGGUGGUGAAAAAGUGCACGGUGAAAAAGUGCACGGUGAUCUUGAGGCACGUAUCCAAUAAAUAUCGAGGGUCUUACUCUGGUGACAUGAUGAUCGACGCUUGACUGCUGUUUUGACAAAUAAACAUUUGCAUAUUUUCUUUUAUGCGGAUUCUAGAAUAUUCACAUGAAAAUCUGUCUCUCCAAUUGGAUGGAAACUUAGCUACUGAGGAUUAUUUAAAUGUGAAAAGGAUUAUUUUAAUAAACAUCAAACCU